UGACCGGCGUCACGUGACUCCGCCCGCUUCCCUGUUUUCCUCCGCGAGGACAGAAAACAGACGAACCUCCGGUUCUCUGCGGGUCGUUUGGGAUCAGCGGCAGCUCGGCCGGCAUGCGGCGGUCCUCCGCGUCCGGGUGUCAGGCUGCUCCGUGCGGAUCAUCGCGCUGAGGUGUCCCGGAUUCAGAGCUGAUCCGCGGGUUUGAGUCCCGCAGAGUGGCCGCCCGGCGGGCUGGACGCUGUUCUCCUGUGAAGAAUCAGCAAUUCUGUUAUCAGAAGGGUGUCUGAUUCAUCCUCCGGGGCGUCCCUGUCGUCUGCAGGCGGGUGGAGUUUAUCUGGAACAUGCCUUCCAACAACUCUGUGUCUGCGGCGCCCAUCACCCAGUUCAUCAACUGCAGGAUCCUGAGGGACCACCGGCUGCAGAGGGAGGACCUGUGGGUUCGUGAUGGGAGGAUUUUAGACCCAGAGAAGCUGUUCUUCGACGAACUGGGAUACGCGGACGAGAAAGUGGACUGUGAGAACAGCAUCAUCGCUCCGGGCUUCAUCGACAUCCAGAUCAACGGAGGUUACGGGAUCGACUUCUCUAAGCCAUCGGAUGACGUCGACGCCGGAGUUUCUUUUGUGGCCAAGAAGAUCCUGGAACACGGAGUCACGUCCUUCUGCCCGACCCUGGUCACCUCGCCGCCUGAAGUCUACCACAAGGUGUUGCCUCAAAUCACAGUCCGCGACGGAGGAGCGCACGGAGCCGGAGUUCUGGGUUUCCACCUGGAGGGUCCGUUCAUCAGCGCGGAGAAGAAAGGAGCUCACCCCGAACAGUUCCUGCGCACCUUCCAGCCCGGAGGCUUCCAGGACCUGAUGGAGACCUACGGCAGCCUGGAUGGCGUUGCCAUGGUGACGCUGGCGCCCGAGCUGAGCGGCAGCCACGCGGUGGUCAGGGAGCUCUGCCAGCGGGGCAUCAAGGUGUCGCUAGGUCACUCGGUGGCUGACCUGUCUCAGGCUGAGGAGGCGGUUCAACACGGCGCGUCCUGCAUCACUCACCUCUUCAACGCCAUGCAGCCUUUCCACCAUCGAGACCCAGGCAUUGUGGGUCUGCUGACCAGUGACAAGAUUGCUGCCGGCAGGACGGUUUUCUACGGCAUGAUCGCCGACGGGAUCCACACCAACCCGGCCGCUCUGCGGAUCGCACACAGAGCCCACCCCUCAGGUUUAGUUUUGGUCACAGACGCCAUCACAGCCAUGGGGCUUCCUCCAGGCCGACACACUCUGGGCCAGCAGGUCAUCGAGAUCCAGGGUCUGCACGCCUACGUGGCAGGAACGAAGACGUUGAGCGGCAGCAUCGCCACCAUGGACAUGUGUGUGCGCCACUUCAGGCUGGCCUCAGGCUGUAAAGUCGAAGAAGCUCUGGAAGCUGCUUCCCUCCAUCCGGCUCAGGCUCUGGGAAUCAGCCACAGGAAGGGAAGGCUGGAUUACGGUUUAGACGCAGACCUCGUCAUGCUGGACGACUCGCUCAACAUCAAGGCCACCUACAUUUCCGGACAGGAGGUUUGGAGAAAAGGAGCUUAAAGGAAGCGUCCGCUCCUGCCGCCUCACGCGGAUGCAUCCGUCUGCAGUCGACUUCAGGAGAAGUUACAUCAGUUUGAUGUAAAACGUGUCGGUUUUCUGGACUCACUUGGAUUAAAAUGGGAUUUUUAGUGUUUUAAA